AUGUCUGAUAGUAACAGAGCCAUCCCUGCCCCCGUCUAUGUGUCCGAAACUCUGUUGAAAAAGAGAAAGGCCAACGAGAAGGGUGCCGCUGUCAAGGCCAGACAAAGACUAGAGUUGAAAAAGACCAAAAAAAACCUUAGAAAGACACAAUUCAAGCGUGCGGAUGAAUUUAUUCGCAAUCGUCGUAUGGUGGACAAGCAAGGUAAACGUCUUCGCUCCAUAUCCACUGGUAAAAGAAAGGGAUCCAACAAGAAGGGUGACGGAAAACUCUUGUUUGUUGCUCGCAUCAAGACAGAAAACUCAAUUCACCCUCAAAUCAAAAAAGCACUCACCAAGCUUCGCUUAUUGAAGAUGAAUUCUGGUGUAUUCGUUGUGUGUGAUGAUGAAACUGUCAAGGAUUUGCAAAAGAUAGAGCCAUAUGUCACUUAUGGUGUUCCCAGCUUGAAGACUGUCCGUGAUUUGAUCAUGAAGCGUGGUGCUACUAUGAUCCAGGGCGUUCGCACCCCUCUUUCUGACAACACUAUGAUUGAAGAAGCUCUCGGCAAUGCUGGUGUCAUUUGUUUAGAGGAUAUUGUUCACGAAAUUAUUCAACGUGGCGACAACUUCAACACUGUAUCAAAGUUCUUGGUACCAUUCGAGCUGAAUGAUCCCGUCAAGGGCUGGCGUCAAAAGAAGUUGAAGGAAAUUGUUGAGAGAGAAAACGAAGAAGAGAAUGCUGAGGAUGACAUUAACAAGUUGGUUGAAGCUAUGAAUUAG